UUCAUAUAUAGCAAGCUGUAAGAGAUUUUCAUCGUUAUAUUGUUACAAAACAAAAUAUUGAGUAUCUACUGAAACAAUAGGAAAUAAUUAUUUUUUUAAUAUGUAUAGUUUAGUAGAUAAAGUUGCACUGGUAACUGGUGGCGCCAAUGGCAUAGGGGCCGGAAUUGUUAGAGAGUUUCUUAAAGAAAAUGUAAAAUUUAUUGCUAUUCUCGAUAUAGAUCAGCCUUCAGGGAUAGAGCUGGUGAGAGAAAUAGUAUCAACACAUGGUAAUAAAAGAGUGCGUUUCUUUAAAUGUGAUGUGACAAAUGAUGAAGAACUUCACAAUAUUUUUGACAAGCUAAUUGAAGAAUUUGGAAUAAUAGAUGUAGUUGUAAACAACGCUGGUAUUUUCGAUGAGACCCUUGUCACAUUUAAAAAAGAAAUUGCUGUAAAUUAUGUAAGUAUACCCGCGCACGCGCAACCGCUGACCGAGUGCGAUAGCACUCGACGUGACGUGGGAUCGACCGAGUCGCCGGCGCUCGCGCGGAAUGUGCCUACCAACUUCAGUCGCCCGCCGGCCGCCGCCGGGAGUGACGCGUCACUUCAUUCUUUAAAAAUACAGACGAAAGAUACGACAGUGUUACUUCCGACUGCAGUAGUAUAUGUUUAUAACAAUGCUGGUGAACGUUUUAAGAUGCGAGUGCUGUUAGACACCGAAAAUAAUAAGGUAGCACACCCUGAUUCGUCCGUGGCCGCUAUUCAAACUACACUCGGCUACAUUUUAAUGGGAAAAGCAAGCUACUUAACGCCCUCACAUUCGAAAGAAAAAUCUUUUCAUAUUUUCUCUGAAAAUACUGAAUCGAAUUUAGAUAAAUUAACGCAACGCUUUUGGGAACUGGACUCAGUACCUACUAAGAUACAUCGUAUUCUGUAUAGGUUCGAUUCAAAUGAUCCUAUUGAUACGUAUGAAUUUAAUUGUGUAUCUUUCGGUCUGUCAGCGUCACCAUACCUCGCGAUGCGUGUGAUUAAAGAACUAGCUAACGAUGAACGCUCACGAUAUCCAGCAGGCGCUUGGGCAGCUGGACGGCAUUUCUAUAUGGACGAUUUCGUCUCCUCCGUCCCUUCUUUAGAAGAUGCUACGAACCUUUACUAUGAGCUCGUUAAUUUGUUCAACGCUGGUGGUUUUAAAUUAACAAAAUGGAUAUCAAAUAAUACUCGCUUACUUCAAGAAAUUCCGCCUGAAUUACGCUCGCCUAACAUCGUUCAGUUUGAUGAACACUCAAUAACCGCUAGUACAAAAAUAGUUGGCUUACAAUGGGAGCCUAACGAUGAUGUUUUUACGUUUAAAGUAAAUGUACCUACAGAAUAUAAGUGCACCAAACGCAUUAUUCUGUCCGUCACCGCCCGCCUUUUCGAUCCGCUUUCUUUAUUGGGUCCUGUAACCGCCUUAUUAAAAUUAUUAGUGCAAGAAUGCUGGAAACAAAAUCUACACUGGGACGAAGAAGUUUCUACUAGUAUAAGUGACCAAUGGUUUCAGUUACAACGCGAGCUACAUUUGUUAGAAAGGUUGCAGAUUCCGCGACAUAUAGGUAUUUUUCAAACCACAAACAAUAUUUCGCUUAUAGGGUUUGCAGAUGCUAGUGAAAAGUGUUACGGAGCUGUAAUUUACCUGCGCGUAAGCUCUAGUGAAUCAGGUGACGGUCAAAUCACAUUACUCUGUUCGCGGUCUAGAGUAGCUUCCCCUAAAGGUAAUGUGUCUUUACCGCGACUCGAACUUUGCGCUAAUCUUUUAUUAUCAAAUUUAAUUGUCGCUGUAAAAGACUCAAUAAGUGAACGCGUAACAAUAAAUAAAAUAUACGCUUUUUCUGACUCCACGAUCGCACUUUCGUGGGUCCGCUCGCCUGCACAUAGGUUUCAAACCUUUGUUGCAAAUAGAAUCGCCGCUAUAAACGCUAAUCUUCCAGCUGAAAACUGGUUCCAUAUUUCUGGUAAAGAAAAUCCCGCCGAUAUAAUAUCACGCCCUAUUUUACCCGCUAAGUUUAUAAAUAAUACGCUUUGGUUUCACGGACCUCCGUGGGCCACGCUUCCUUUCAAAGAAUGGCCAAUCAAUGAAUGUCAUUCUCACGCUAUCGAUGAACUACCUGAACAUAAAACGCUUAUUUCUUUAACCGCUAAAGUCUGUACAGAUAAUGAAAGUACCGAUUUAUAUUAUAACUCCGCGAUGCGCAUGUCAAAUUGGAAUAAAUUCAUACACUCUUGGGUGUAUGUGCUUCGCUUUACUAAAACUUUAAAAUCGCAAGGCAAUAUUACUGUCGCUGAUUUAGAAAUUGCUGAAAAUUACAUUUUACGAGCUAUACAAAAAAGGCAUUGUUUAAAUAUUAAUAGCCCAGCUUUGCGAAAGCUCAAUGCGUUCCUAGAUUCAAAUAAAAUUAUACGUGUUGGAGGCCGACUGUCUCAGUCACAAUUGGGAUAUUCGCAGAUGCACCCAGUCGUCCUUCCGUCUAAAGAUCGCAUAGUGCACUUGCUCGUAGAUUAUUUUCAUAGGCAGAAUACACACGCAGGGCCUGCUCUAUUGCUUGCUCUAUUACGCCAAAAUUAUUGGGUUAUCGCCGCUCGUAACAUGGUACGCCAACGAGUACAAAGCUGUAAUCGUUGUUUCAAGCUUAAGCCAAAAAAUACCUUCCCUGUUAUGGGCGACCUGCCCCCCUAUCGCGUAAGCGAAGUAAAAAGCUUCGUUUUCUCGGGCGUUGAUUUCGCAGGGCCCCUCUACAUAACGCCUUAUCGCCGCCGCGGUGUAAAAAGCAUAAAAGCUUACCUGUGCCUAUUUGUUUGCUUAACUACAAAAGCUCUACAUCUAGAGCUAGUGAGCGAUUUAAGUACAGAGUCAUUUUUAAACGCUUUUAAAAGAUUUAUUUCUAGAAAAGGCCCUAUUUCUUUAAUAAGAAGCGACUCGGGAGGCGCUUUUGUUAAAGCGGAUAGAUGUCUGAAGGAAAUUCACGAGCUUUUGUCAAAGGAUAAAUUUUUAGACCAACAUUUAGCAGAUUUACGCAUACAACUCCAAAGAAACCCACCUUACGCUCCGCAUUUCGGUGGAAUAUGGGAGAGUAACAUUAAAUCUGUUAAAACCCAUCUAUUUAGGGUCAUUGGAAAUCAAAUUUUGACAUACGAAGAGCUUAACACUGUCCUUAUUCAAAUUGAAGGAAUAAUGAACAGUCGCCCGCUCUGUGUAUUAAGUUCAGAUCCUUCCGAUCUCACUGCUCUAACACCAUCGCAUUUUUUGAAUAUAACACCACUUAAAUACUUACCGGCUGAGGACCUUACGGACGUACCUCAGAACAGGCUUACUCGCUAUCAGUUGUUGUCAAAACUGGUCCAAUCAUAUUGGGACAGAUGGAACCGUGAAUACCUAACUUCGCUUCAAAGUAGACAAAAAUGGAACACUCCAUCAAAUCCGAUUAAAGUAGGAUGUAUUGUCAUUAUUCGAGACGAUAACUCACCGCCUCUUAGUUGGCCUCUAGCCAUAGUAGAGGAGCUCUAUCCCGGUAGAGACGGUAUCGUACGAGCCGCUAGAGUUAAGACUAGAAUUGGUUACUAUACAAGAGCUGUAACCGCUUUAGUAUCGUCUACCUUGAAGGCAUUACAUUUGAUGCGGGUUGACCAUGGCGGCAAAGGUGGUACUAUUAUCAACGUCUCAUCUGCAUUGGCAUUGACACAACGCGCACCAAUACCGUUUGUGUACGCUGGUACUAAAAGUGCAGUACUUCAAUUCAGUAACUGCAUGGGGAUGGACGACUAUUACAAACAUACAAAUGUCCGUGUGGUGACUAUUUGCUUUGGAGCAACGGACACCAAUAUGUUUAAUACAAUAAAAACCUAUGACGACUUGAUUCGAGAUGCUAUGCUACAUAUUCAGAAUUAUAACCAAGAAGUAAAUUUAUUACAAAGUCCAAACACGGCAGCUAGAGGAGUGGUGGAAAGUUAUAAAAGGGGUAAAAGCGGCAGCACUUGGCUAGUAAACAGCAGUAAAAUUUACGACAUAUCGGAUGAUAUACAUCAAGCUUACACUAUUAUGUCUAAAUAUGUAGCUUUCUAAAUAUGAACGGCUGACAUAGGUAUAUUACGCUAACUAAAAUAAAAUGCAUGUGAUAAAUUGAUGAUAUUAAUCAUUUAUUUGCAAGAAUUUGUUCUUUAAAACAUUCAACUAUGAUAAUGUAAUAAUGUAAAAAUAAUUAUUAUUAUCAAGUAUGUAUUGUAUUUUGCCUAAAUUCUUAAAAACUAUCUUAACUCAUAAAAAAGUCUUUUAAAAUAAUCAUGCAAUUACUACGUAUUCAGUCGUUUCAAUCAUUUGUUAAAUUAUAACCAUUGUAACAAUUUGUCUUAUAUUAUUGAUUUGUCAGUUAAAUUAUGAUAUAACUUUAACUAUAAACGUAGCUAUCAAAUAUUUCAAUGCUUUUAUCGUAAGCAUUGGUCACAUCCAUAGCUGGCUUAUCGCUAGUAGAUAUCCAGACACUACCACUGUCUCCUUGUUUGUAUGUUUCUAUAACUGCCUUUGCUGCUGAUUCAACACUGAAAAAAGAAGUAACAAUUUAAUGAGGUCAAUUUUAAUUUGAGUCCUCUUUUUUUAAACAUGAUUUAAUUCUUGCCAUACCUUUGCGACUUAUAAUUCUGUAAAUCUUCUGUUAUCAAGCCAAUUGCAUCCGUGUCAAAGAGCUUAUGCACAUUUCUUAACAAAGGCGUAUUUGUAAGGCCAAAACAAAGACACAAAAUGCGGACUCCACUUCUUGAAUAAUGCAAUUUAUUCUAGAAAAAAGAAACACAUGAAUUAAAAAUCUAGAUUUACAAAAUUUGAUGUUUAUCAUCAACACAUUUCGCAGACUGUUUUCACAAAAUAAUAAGAAGUGUGAGGCGUUAUUUUUAACCGACUUCAAAAAAGGAGGUUCUCAAUUCGACACGUAUGUUUUUUUUUAAUAUUACGAUUAAAAUAAUGUCUUAACUUCGAUAUUGGAUAGGUUUUUCGCAGCUGCUAUACCGAUGGGAAUACAAUUAAUAGUAACAAAAAUAUCCCUUACCCCUAAUGAAGUACUAAAUUUUAGCACGCCGAUUUUUGUUGCACUAUAAAUUGGCACAUUCGCAGCAUUUGAUAGAGCUACUACUGAACUAACAUUUAUUAUUGUACCACCUUUUCCACCUUUCUCUUUAUGCAUUUUGUUCCAAGCAUAUAAGGAACUUGUAAUUACAGAUGCCUGAAAAAAAAAACAAAAAUUUAUAUCAUUAUUAACCUAUUUUUAAUAGCCUAGGCUACAAGGUUAUGUCUCUUUCCUCCUUCUUCUUUUUCUUAUGAGAGAAGGGGUUAGUAGGAUGCGGGAUGUAGGGCAUACGGUGAUAAUUUGACGUGUCUUCGAUAUGUGCAGCCUCAAACAGAAUGCUAAACUUCUUCAACAUGUCUCUAGAGUAACAAUACUUGUUUCUAGCAAAUGUGCCCUGCAAUGUUAUAUUUUGUUACAAGAGACGUUACAGAAACAACAAGCAGAUAGCCCAUUUGCCUGUUAACUAUUAGUGAGAAAGAUUUAUUUAAAUAAAUUAUUAUUAAUUAGUCUAAAUUUAUUUACCAGAUUAAUAUUAAUUUCCGUCAUAUAGGAGUCUGGACUAUCGUCUAAAAUCCCGGCAUUGUUUAUAACCACAUCGAUGUAACCGAUUUCAUCGUUUAUCACUUUGUAAGCUUUUAGAAGAUUCUCUUUGUCAGCAACAUCACACUUUAUGAAGGUUACUUUAUUGUUGUUGUACUUUGAGUUCAAUUCAUCUUGUAAAGCAGUCCCUGCUUCUUCUGACACAUCCAACAUUGCUACGUGCUGUGAAAUUGAGACAAUAGGAUUUUUAAUAAAUUUUGAUAAUAUUGGGUAACAAAAUAACACUACACUCGAGUCCACAGUUUACGAUGCUCUUCACGUAGCUAGAGAUAGGAAAAAAUGGCUUAACAUCCUAAGGACAAGGACCAAAGAUGGAGGUGGUCACGACCCUCACACUUAAGGAUUACGACUCACGGAGGAGGAGGAGGGUAACAAAAUAUAGAUGUAUAAAGAAAUAAAUCCUCCUCAAAUUAAACUUGAAUUUGUUUAAGCAGCUUUUUCGAUGUUAUUAAAAAUGAAGAUCAUUUAGAAAAGUUCACUUAAAAACUGACCACAUUUUUUUUCAGUUUUAGUCAAGAUAAUUAAAUCUAAAUACCUUGGCAAAAGCAACAACCAUGAAUGGAUCAAAAUGAACCACCUAUGAAAUAGCCUUCCUCGAUAAAUGGGCUAUCUUACACUGAAAGAAUAUUUCUAUAUUUCCUGAGAUUAGCGCGUUCAAGCAAACAAACAAAGCAAACUCUUCAGCUGUAUAAUAUUAGUAUAGAUAAAGUACCUUCACAUUCUCAUGAAGUAGAGAUUUCACUACAAAUGCACCAAUUCCACUGGCAGCGCCGGUCACUAUUACUAUUUUUUCGUUCAAACUCUGCUCCAUCUUCGACCAAUAAAGCUCACGACUAUUAUCUGAAAUAUAGCGUAUAUUAGCAUAAUAUUAAGACGAAAAAAUCGUCCUACCUACAUACCUACCUACUGGCCUAAACUAAAUUUAAAAAAAGAAAUGUUUCAGAGAAAAACUAAACUCAUUUCUUCUACUAACUAUCUAAGCAACCGCCCCAGUGCAGGAUAGUAGCAAUAACACGGCCUGCGUGAAAAAUUCCCUAAAUGACCCCUCACACCUAACCCUCCAGGCAAAUUUAAAGCCUCUUAACUCAACCUUUUAGCUCUUAGCUCAACGGUAAGUGGUGGUUUGAUCCCCGCGCCGUUGGCUUAUUGUCGUACCCACUUUUGCACGUCGUGCAUUGUCGCACAAUCUUUCUCGAUUAGUUGGAGGGGAAUAGGAAUAUUGGUCAUAUUAUAAAAGAUAUGGUAAAUAUUCUUUAAAAAAAACAAACAAACAAAACAAAGAAAUACCCCACUCCAUUCACUAAGCACAGAAAAAAAAAAACCCUAAAAGCGCCUCCCAAUUCAGAAUUUUAUAUUUCUGAUCAGGGUUGCGAUUGCACUAUAUUACACCUGUCGACGAACAUUUUGCCGUAUUCGAUUAAUAUAAUAGUUUAAAAGAUGCCAAAAUUAAAAUGUCAACAACAACGAAGUUGCCAUGGAAACGAGCGAUGUUAUUAAUUUUACAGAAUACAGGGGCUGCCCUUUCUCUAUGUUAAGAACUCAGAAUACAGAAAAAUAAGAACCCCAAAAUGAAACCUUUCGACGGCCUCCGUGGCGCAGUGGUAUGCGCGGUGGAUUUACAAAACGGAGGUCCUGGAUUCGAUCCCCGGCUGGGCAGAUUGAGAUUUUCUUAAUUUGUCCAGGUCUGGCUGGUGGGAGGCUUUGGCCGUGGCUAGUUACCACCCUACCGGCAAAGACGUACCGCCAAGCGAUUUAGCGUUCCGGUACGAUGCCGUGUAGAAACCGAAAGGGGUGUGGAUUUUCAUCCUCCUCCUAACAAGUUAGCCCGCUUCCAUCUUAGACUGCCAUAAAUCCAUGCCAUGCCAUUAGAUCAUCACUUACCAUCAGGUGAGAUUGUAGUCAAGGCCUAACUUGUAAAGAAUAAAAAAAAAUAAAAAUAAAAAUAAACCUUUACAAAAAACUCACCUUCAAUAUACAAACGUGUAAAUUUCUUUUUUUAACUAUUAGUUAAUGGAAGUCAGAUCUUUUAAUUAUUUUUAUGAGAAGUUAGUAAUUAUUUAUUAGUAUAAAUUAUUAAAUUAAAUGGAAUAUGCUAACACCCUUUCACAUUCGAGGGAAUGUUGCUUGAAACUAAUACAAUGUACCGAGCAACUGUGGUAUAUCACAUACGUACACACAUUAUCUGUUGACCUUUUCACUAUCUAUAUACCUUUGCACAAUCUGUAUACCUAUGUACGAGUAUAUACUAGCCAACGCUCACGAAUUCAUCCUCAUGGAAACUCAUUUAGAACUUUUAAAGAGGAACAAUCCGCCAUAAUCACCUAAAUAUUUCCUGCUUACCACGCAAUAGAAGUUCUCGAAAGGAAUAAUUUUUCCUAUUUUCGCUACAUUUUUCAUUGAUGCUGUACUCCUUGUCCGUUAAUAAAAAAAUAUUUUGAGGAUGCUUUAACACAAUGUGUAGCAUAAUAAUUUCCUCAAAAUGUUUUUUUUAAUUCGAGCUAGUAAUUUCUGAGAUUAGCGCGUUAGAAAAAAAAGUGUUCAGCUUUGUCCACGUGGAAUUAGUUUUUCUUAAACAUACUGUUUUUUCCUGUGCGUAAAUUCCGUAAUUAAUUAUUUUUUUUCGAUACAGUUACAUAAAUUCAUUUUUAAAAAGUAUUUACUGUGCAGACAUGGUUUGUUUGAUUAUUAUAUGUAUGGAGGGAAUGGUAAACAAGUCACAAUCUGUGUAUUAAAUAUUUAAAAAAAAAACAAAUAUGAAGUCCGUGAACCCGUAUUAGGGGAAUGAAUGAUAAUAUUCGACAAUGUACGGUCAAUUCACUAACUUUGAUGCAAGUUAGUUACAUAACAUUUACAUUUAUACAAAUGACUAAUUCGUUCUCAAUUAGAAUACGGUGUUUGUAUUUGGAAUCCGUUUUAUGAUAAAUAUGUAAAGAGCCUCGAGACAGUACAAAAAAAAUUUAUACGCAGGAUGCACUAUAAAUGUACUCGGAGUUACCUUUCUUAUAACCAACUUCUUGAAAAAUAUGAUAUACUAGGCUUAAAGUGUAGACGAAAGCAACUCGAAGUCAUGCUCUUGUAUGAUUUAUGUAAUAAUAAGUACGAUUGUGUAGCCCUAACGCGCAAAAUUUGUUACAAAGUACCACUCAGGGCUCGAAUGCGAAGUGUUCGAACGCAUCAGCUCUUUGCUACCACCAACUGCCGUACAAAUGCGGGCAAACGUUCUCCAUUAUAUAGAAUGACGCAAUCUUACAAUGAGUGCUUCAAUAAUAUUGAUAUUUUUUCUACACGUGUAGGUACCUUCAAGAGGUUGGUUAUAAAACGCUUACAGAGUUUAUAGCUAUUAGUUAAUUAAUAAUUUAGUUUUAGUCUUUAGUCUUUUCUUUCAUCCAUUUGUUUUUAUUCACUUUUCAAUUUAAUUUUUUUUUAAUUUGUUUGUAAUAAUUUUAUAUAAAGUAUUUAGGUACGUAGUAGUCUACUUUAUAGUAUUGUAAUCUGUGGUUUCCGAAGCUGGUGUCAUAGUUAUAAAUUUUAUUUAUAUUACUAAUAUGAUAAUAUGAUUGUGUACUAUGAUGUUGUUUGUAAGCCCUCAAUAAAAUAAAAUAAAAUAACAGAA